AUGAGGAAUUUUGUGGCACAAGAUCCUUCACCUCGAAAUCCUCGUAUCAGCACAAACUCCAGUUUUGCUGACAGGAUCGAGGCCCAAUACCAAGCUGAUAGACACAGGACCUGGGGCUAUGUAAUCUAUCGCACGACUUACAAAGACGAGGCCGCAUGGACCGAGUUCAUGCGUCGCUUACGCUUCUGGGCCACAGACAGUAUGGAGUUCUGCAAUGGCCAGGAUGUGCUUGACAAGAUGACCUGGACAGUCUUCGAUAACAAGGAGCGCUUCGAUGGUGUAAACACGGCAACGAUCCGUCAACACUUUCGAGAUUGGGCAGAGACUGCAGUCCGACAUGAACAGCAAGAACCUGGGCAAGUCGACGAAGCUCCCGUGAGCAUGGGGCGCUCUCCACGAUACAGAUACUGUGUACAAGUGGAUGCAGAAGCGCUCAAAUCUGCCGUUUACGAUGCCCCUCCACCGCCUGACUUCGACAAGGACAACCAGGGCUGGGCCAAGGUAAUUGACAAGAACUGGCUGCCUCGCAACGAGGAUCCGCGCUUCGCAGGACGAAAGCCGGAUCCCAAUGUGUAUGAGGAGAUUGACGGUUUGACGAAACACAAUGUUGGUUGGGUCAAAUGUCCAUUUCCCAGCGUCAUGACCGAGUACUACAUGCUGUUCCAAGACUCCAAUGGGUAUACCAUCAGCUAUCGACGACCACCAGCUGUAAUCGGAUAUCCAUGGAAAUAA